GGUGUGUGUGAGUGCGUGCUGUGGGGGUUAUUUGAGGCUGGAGGGUCAUCCUGGUUUUUUUGAGCAUAUUGUGAAGAAGGGAGCAGGAAGAGGAGACAACGCAUCGUUUCUAUCCUGGAGGAUUAAGCUGUUAAGCAAAGAGAGCUCGUUCACGGAUGUCCAACAUGCAAUCAACUUUUUUCAUCUGAUAUUUGUGCAGUUUGUGCACGAGGCUGUGGACACCUCGCACCAUGGCAGAAGGAGGCUGGGUGCGGGGUGAAGAGGAGGUGGAGGAGGAGGAGGAGGAGGCUCUGGCCCGGGGCAGCGGGGUGUGUAAGUGGUUCAACGUGAGGAUGGGCUUCGGCUUCCUCUCCAUGAGCAGCAGGGACGGAGCUCCGCUGGAGGAGCCGCUCGACGUGUUCGUGCACCAGAGCAAACUGCACAUGGAGGGUUUCCGCAGCCUGAGAGAGGGCGAGGCCGUCGAGUUCACCUUCAAGAAAUCCUCCAAAGGGCUCGAGUCCGUGCAGGUCACCGGGCCAAACGGAGCUCCGUGCCUGGGCAGCGAGAGGAGACCAAAGAGCGCCCAGAAACGACGCUCCAAGAGUGACAGAUGCUACAACUGUGGAGAACCCGGCCAUCACGCCAAAGAGUGUCAGCUGCCCCCUCAGCCCAAAAAGUGCCAUUGCUGUCAGAGUAUUUCCCACAUGGUGGCCAACUGUCCAGUCAAAGCACAGCAGCAGCAGCAGCUGCAUUUGUCUCGAAGCGCUCAGGGAACGACUACCUCACAGGGGGAUGAGGAAGAGGAGCAAAGCCAGCCUCCCCCUCCUUAAAAACUCAGAGUGUGAGGAUUUACUGGAACACUGCUCACAGGAAGAGCUACCUCAGGUUUUAUUUAUUGAUCCAAAUUGAGACAUCGCUGUGGUGCUUUUGUGAUGAGUGCUGGUUUCCAUAUCAUAAGCUUUUAUCUCUUUAUUUGUUUUGAUUUUCUGUCUCUGAUCAAGUGUCCUCGAUUUGAAACGAAACAAUCAGACAUACUGAAUAUCCAGCCAAAGAGUAGCCACAGUUAUCAGGUCCUUCUUGGGACCGAUCUAACUGGUUCUGUGCCUCUAAACUUUAUACUAAAUUCAAAUACAUUUAUAAAAAUCACCAUUAAGAUAAUUAAUACUUUACUCUGAAUGAUAAGUCAUUCAAAAUAUCUCAAAUAUUAUCACCUUUUCUCACAAAGUGGUCCUAUACUCUCAUUAAUCUGUUAUCAAACAUGUUGUUUUAUAUCAUGUUACCAAAUUUGAAAUAUGAGGUAAACAAUCCAACAUUUGAAUGUAAGAAGAAGACGAAGACAUAUCCUGGGUAUUUCUCUUUAUUGGAAACACUUCUCAGGUAUUAGAGUUUAAAGUGUGUCAACAAGAUAAGUGCCAUAACUUUCACUUUUCAAUGAGCUCAAUGAAAGCUGCUUCAAACGCCACAUUACACUUAAAACAAGAAGAUUUCACCACACAUGUACCAUGGGAACAACACUUGUUUCCAUUCGUGGUGAAGUUUUGUCUUAAUAACCAAGUUGCCAUUUCAUUAUUUGAAUUUAUAUGCAAGACCAGCGUUGAUUGUAUAGCAGACUUUGUCUGCAAACAUAAAUCCAAAGGGAAUGUUCACACAUAUCAGGGAUGUUUUCACAUAAACAAUAUUCACUCAGUUAUUGUAAACUGAAGGUGAAGCAGGAGUGAGGGGUUGAAUGUAUAUAGAUAUUAUCUUUUUAUAUGAACUAUUUAUUCAGAGUUGUUCUCCCUGAAGGGCAAACUGAACUUUUGACAGCUCCAACAUUUUUCUUUUGAUCCUGUGCCGUGAUUCUGAAAUACCUUUGUAUCGUUCGAAUACCUAGGUACCCACACAUCUGCUGUAUUGUCUCUGCCAAUGACAAGUACAAAGUCUGUCAGUGUUUUGUGUAUGUAAUUACUUCCUCAGUAACCUCAGCCUGUGUGGAGUUGAUGUAGAGAUUUCAUUUUGAACUCAGGGAGAACUUUUGUCUUAGAUUCUUUCAGGAUGUGUCUAGAUGUUUAACUUAUUACUGCUCCGAGGACUCCUGAACAACCAGGGUGUCAACUGCAGAAUGAGCCACGCACUGUCUUUGUCAUUUUCUGCAACAACAGAGAUACAAGUGCCAAGGACCAUCUGAAUCUGAAGUCCUUUUGCAUUGUGGGUCUUUAGCAUGACGACCAUUGUAUUUCUUGGUAGUGUUUGUUGAUGGCUAUUGUGAUUGACUUGUUAAUAAGUCCUCAAACAGACAUUUACUGUGUUCCAGUUCAGGGGUAGCAUCUUACUAAGGACCCAGCCUAUAAAGGACAUAGCCUACGUAGCUUGCGUAGGUUACUCAGGCCAAACUGAAAUGAGACGGUCUGGUCUACCAAAGAUUACCUGUUUACAUCACCAGCUGUUCCAUCCUUACGCUUGCACCAAUUGGCUAACAUAACAUAACGUCACGUAACUUAACCAACAUCAACAUUCAAAGUGUCUUUUUUUUUCUUUCAGCACUUGUAUCAUUCACUAUUCCAUUGAGUUGAAAUCAAAUACUAAUGUUUAACUAUUUACUAUUUGGCUGCUUAAAAAGAGAAUGUUUAAAUGCACCCUUUGAAGAAUGCAGCCCCUGAAUUGGGACUUGGCCGCCGUGAUCUUUGAUAUUUAAGUGUAAUGUGAGAGAGCAGAAACCUUUUUCUAAACUGAAAUGAAAGAUGUGUUACUUUUAAGUAGCUUAAAUGUAUUCAACUUGCCUAUUUCAUAACACCCAAAUGGCUUUAUUAGUUAGUUAGUGUGCUAACUUGGCUACAGCUUUGUUUAGCUUCCUUGCCUGUGAGUAAUAUUUCAUGAAAAGUCUUUGCAUGCACUCUUCAGUUAACACAUUAAAGAUUUUUAGCAUUUUGGGAAAUAUUCUAGAGCCUGAAAUGUUUUAAAUGGUUUAAAUUGCCAUAUCAUAAACAUGUAGCCACCUUGCCUGUGACCCAGUGGAUCAAAAUAGCUCUUGCCAGUAAACUAGCUUACUCGGACAGCCAGUUAGCAUGCUAACGAAGCCAUGGGACUCCCUGUUAUCGAGCAUUGGAUAUUGUAUUCAGGAACAGUCUAUGAUACAUUCUCUCUGUUUUCAGGUCUUAGGUGUUUACCAUUUCAAGAGAUGAGUGAUCGCUGAAUUAUCUCAAAAGGUGUUAUUGAUAUGAUGUAGCCUAAUUAUGUAGCCACCGGCUGAUGUCACACGAAUGAUGUCAAGAUCUGAGCUGAGUUAACUGUAGUUAGUUUGUUAGCUAGCAAACUAGGCUACACUGUUUAAACUUUAGGGUCUGUUUGUAUUCAAGGAUACUCUUCUCAUAGGUGUAAACCCUCAGCAUUGCUGAAGGGCUAAGUGGUUCUGCUUGUUCUGUCCAAAUUAGAAAAAAAUGCAAAGCUGUGUUUUAAAACCAUAUGAAUGAACACAACAGAGAUUUGAGGAUAGCGUGUUAUGGAGGAAUUGGAUUCUUUUUGUAAGGUUGCCAAAAACUAAGGUUGUCAAAAUGUUCAACAAGUGCUUUUCAAUACCAGGUGCUUUAUAACGACACAAUCUGCAUUGUUUUUACAUAAGAUCGGAUCAAAAAGCACCAAAACUUAUGAAAAAGCCAGAUAUACAACCCACCCACUGCUGCGACCAAAAGAGAGAGCAUCAGUGGCAGAGUGACGUUUAAGUGAAGUGUGCGAGCACUGCUAAUGAAAACUAAGAGGUUACGGAUAAUAAGACGUUAUUUAUUAGUAUGGAAAAAUCUUCUAUGACUUUUUCUGAACCUGCACGGUCUGUUGUGUGGUAAUGAAAUAAAACGUUGGAUUUUCACGAGUAUCCUAUUGAAGUUUAAAGUUCUGGUACUGUAACGACCCUAACCACAGUGCAAAGGGACAAAGUUAUUUUAGAAAUCCAAGACCAUCAGUCAGUGUUUUCCUAUUUCUGUUGUGUCACAAACUGAUUAGUUAGUAAUACUGUUAGAUUUCAGAAGGUAGGUCUGUUAAAAAACAAACAAACAAGGCUAUCUGUUCUCAGAGCCAUGGGAGUAAAAGGAGAAACAGUUGGGCUACUCGGUUGGGAUAUUUCUCAAAUAGUUGAACAUUUCAGUGAUUCGGUGCGUUUCCUCUGCUUGUUUGGUUGCAGAAAGAACUGUUAAAAAAAUGUUAAAAAUCACUGAAUACAUUUAAAAUCAACCAAAACCAGAGUGCCCGUUCAAAGAUGACACAGCAGGUAUCAAUUGACAUACCUCACCAUGAUCUCAUUUUGAUUGUACAUAUCCAGUGUGUUUCCCACAUGUACUUAUAAUAUAAUGUUUAUGACGUGUCUGCAUGAUAGUUUUAGAAUAAUAGAUCAGCUGUUUUGUGUUAAAGGUGACUGGAGCCUGAGCAAAAUAAUUGCACAGCCCAAAGGAUGUUUAAUAGCGGUGGAAUUGAUCAUCAUUAACGGUCAUUACGCCUCCAUUAUGUGCUUGAGUUCCCCAUACUGCUCACCAUGCUACAGUUCAAUGGGGUCUAAUCUACCAUGUAUAAUACUUUAAUUCAGCUCAGUCCUAGUGGUUUGUCUUCUCUCGUGUAGUUUGUAUUUCUUUUUGUGUGUGACUGAGACAGAACUCGUCUUGUCAGAAAUCUAUACAAGUCUACCUCAGGUGUGAUUUUGGACAGCUUGAGAACAGCAGGGCCAAAAAAACUGUUUUGUAUGUAUUGUAAAUGUUAUUUUUAAUUAAGUUAUCCAUUCCAGUAUUUAUUACUUUUUUGCAUCUCUAUUGUAAUGUGAUUGUGCUACCUCAUGAACUUAUCCUGCUAUUUUUGUGCCAUCUGUAUGCCUAUUGUUGCUGCCAACUGAAGGAGAGAUCAUGUACUUAAAACCAAAGAGAUACUUUUU